ACAAAGAUGAAAAGAUACAUUAAUGAUCACAACGAUGAAAAGAUAAAUAUAAUAUAAAGAUAAGGUAAUCUUACUGUCAAAAGUUUCAGUUGUACAUUUAUGAUUCUUGCAAAUAUAUAAUAGAGAUUCAGAAUAAAAUCAAUGCAUUUUAUGGAAUUAAUGUAGUAUUUAAGUCAGUCAUCCGACAAAUGCAAAUGUGAUCGCGCAGUAACUUGACAUAAAUGCUAUAAAUUACGAAAAAAACACUACACAUCUCGUUUUUGUAUAUAAUUAACUAAUUGUUUAUUCGAUUAUAUCUUGAAAAUUUACUAGUACAUUUAAAUAACUGUAAAAUACGACAUAUAUCGUGCAUCAUAUGUAUAAUUACAACUUGUAUGUGUGUGUGUGAUUUAUGUACGUAUGUAAUUUUAAACAUGGGUUAUUAUUGUGCUUGGGGAGAUGCGAAGAUAAUGUGUAGUUCUGAAGAAGAAGGUUAUGAAUAUCAUGUUUCGGAUGGCAGAGAAAAGAGAAGAGAUCACUUUUCGGAGACCUUCAAUGAAACUUCUUCCGGUACAGCUUUACCGAUAUCAAAUGAUGCCGAUCGACAAUUCUGGGCGGAGGACGAAUUGAGCAACGCCUCGGAAUCGCGACAAAGAUUAAGCGUGAAAAGGAAGCGUCGACUUAGUGUCUCUUAUAGAAAUCGCACCGCGAACAGAAGCCAAUCUUGCGCUCCCAAUUCCUCAAGUUCUAGCUCUGAUUCGAUUUAUGCAGAAAUUUCGCCGAAAGCCUCAACAGUCCGUUUUAUUUUCUGUUGCAUUGCAUUGGGUCUAUGUUCAACACUAUUGAUACUCUCGUUAUGGAAUCCUAAUACAUAUAUUCCAACAAUCCGUACAUAUGUAUUGCACUUGGACCGACGACAACCUCUUCUGCAUACUAUUUCUGAUAAGUUUUUAUCAUUUGGUCUUGAUACAUCUUUACUUCGAACAAUGAACGAAUUGCCUAUUAAACAAGAAAAGUUUAUCAAUUUGGGCCGUCACUUGAGUCCUGCUUAUGUUAGAGUGGGUGGAACAUCUGCUGAUUGCCUGAUAUUUGAUCAGAAUCAGAUUGUGCAAAGCUCAUCUGAAAAGAUUCUCAGUCCUGUAGAUGGCCAAGACAUCAGCAAUUUUACCAUCACUGGUGCAGACUUACUCGCUGUUUAUAAUUUUGCAGUAAAGUCCAAGUUGCGAAUGAUUUUUGAUCUGAAUGUAUUGCUCAGAAAUCCAGAUGGAUCUUGGAAUGACACUAAUGCACAGGAGAUUAUCACUUUUGCUAAAAAUCAAGCUAUGGAAUUAGAUUGGCAAUUGGGAAAUGAACCGAAUUCCUUUAAACACGUAUUCAAUGUGACGAUCUCCGCAAAUGAACUUGCAAAGAAUUACGAUCGUUUGAGACAAUUAUUAGAUGAAGCGGGAUACGUCGAUAGCAUCCUCGUCGGACCGGAAGUAAAUCACGUCGGAGAGCAGAAUCAUAUAGGAGAAGAAUAUGCCAAAAUAUUUCUGAGGAGUCAAAGCAGUACUGUGAAUUAUGUCACGUGGCAUCAGUAUUAUCUGAAUGGGCGAGAAGCUAUAGUUAAAGAUUUUGUAAAUCCUCUCAUAUUUAACUGGUUACCGGCACAAAUCAAGUCCUUAGGGGAAUUCAUUGCUGCAUCAGGGAAAAAUGUUUCCAUGUGGCUAUCGGAAACCAGCACUGCGUAUGGAGGAGGAGCACCCGAAUUAUCCGACAGAUUUGUAGCUGGAUUUCUGUGGUUGGAUAAAUUGGGCUACAGCGCUAGCGCGGGAUUGAACGUCGUCACUAGACAGUCGCUAUUUGGCGGAAAUUAUGCUAUGGUAUCGCCGAACCUUACGCCAAAUCCCGAUUGGUGGGUCAGCAUCUUUUAUAAGCAAUUUGUAUCAGAGAAGGUCCUGAAAUUGAUCACGUCGAACAAUUUCGGUUACGUGCGAUUAUACGCACAUUGCACGCCGAAGGAAGCUCGGGUCGCCAGAGUACCAGCUGUCACAAUCUACGGAAUGAAUAUCGACAAAAUCGCAGUUCAUAUAAAUAUUCCAGAAUUGUUUGUACAAUCUGGUGAAAUGAUGAAAAUAUUUUUUUACUCUUUGACCGCUGACAAUCUUCAGUCGAGUGAAAUAAAACUAAAUGGCCAAGUGUUGAAGCUGCAAUCGAAUGGAGACUUACCGCCAUUUCAAUCUAUAAUAUUGGAUCCUACGGAUCCUGUGAUCUUACCACCGUAUUCUAUGGUAUUUAUGAUAGUUCAUGGUAUUGAUAUUCCAGUCUGUGAAUAAAUUCUCAAAGAAUACCACGAAUUUCAAUUUUA